AAUUCAAGGAUUCUAGGAGGUAAACGACGUCGUAUGCAGAUAAGCAAAACUAAGUAUCCGGGGAUAGCUGCAAGCACGGAUUCAAAGUGAAAAAAGAAAUCCUUCAUUUUGCAGGAAAAAAAAUGGCUGAUUUGGAUUCUUCAAGCUCUUCCUCUGAAGAUAUUGAAACAAACUCUGAUCCUAAUUCUUCAAAAGCUAUAAUCCCCAAUCCUCUCAAUUCCAAUUCUAAUUCACCUGCCGUAUGCCUCCUCCAAUUCGCAGGAGACUCCACCGCCGGUGCCUUCAUGGGCUCCAUCUUCGGCUACGGUUCGGGAUUGAUUAAAAAGAAAGGUUUUAAAGGAUCCUUUGUGGAGGCUGGAUCUUAUGCCAAGACAUUUGCAGUUUUGUCAGGCGUACAUAGUUUGGUCGUUUGCUUCUUGAAGAGGUUGCGGGGAAAAGAUGAUGUUAUUAAUGCUGGGGUAGCUGGAUGUUGCACUGGGCUUGCUCUAAGUUUCCCAGGUGCACCCCAGGCACUUAUACAGAGCUGUCUCACAUUUGGGGCAUUCUCAUUUAUCGUUGAAGGGCUUAACAAGCAGCAGCCAGCAUUGGCACAUUCAUUUUCUGUGAGAAACAAGAGCGGGCACUACGAGGGGCCUCAUCCUAUAGCGCUCCCUCUUUCGCUCCCUAUUCCAGAUGAGCUGAAAGGAGCUUUUUCUUCUUUCUGCAAGUCCUUAAGUAAACCAAAUGAAGGCAAGUUUUCUACUGGUAACUGAUCGGAAGGGGCCAUUCAUCAUUGUUAAUUGUCUGUUAUAUGUAGAUUGUUGAUUGUUGCGACUGUUGGAGUUACAAUAUAAGAAUGUAGAAUCAAAAUUAUCUGAGAGCUAGGAAAUGGGAAAUUGUUUUUUGUCCUAUGUUGCAUAUCCAUUUCUAAUGCCUGAUUUUGGAUCAAAAUAAAGAAUAUUUGAUUGAAGAUCAA